UUUUAGCUAUGGCGACCAGAGCUUUGCUUGCGGCUGUAUCUGCUUGUCCUCGCAGGAGGAUGGGAAUCAAGUCAUCAACUUGUUCUUCAAGUCUUCAGUUCCAAAGACAAGAGAGUAGAAUAAUAGCGCGAAGUUUCUCGUCUUACACGAACUCCUCCCUGCCGGACAUAUCCCGUCUUGCUGAGACAGCUCGAAUCUCUCUCACUCCUGCCGAGAUUGAGGAAUGUGAACCUAAGAUUCGUCAAGUCAUCGACUGGUUUGGCCAGCUUCAACAAGUCGAUGUUAACUGUGUGGAGCCUGCCAUUAGAGCAGAAAUGGAAGGCGGAAAUUUGCGAGAGGAUGCUCCCCAGACGUUUGAGAACAGGGAUAGUAUAAGAGCUUCCAUUCCAAGCUUUGAUGAGACAUAUUUAAAAGUCCCUAAAGUUUUAAACAAAGAGUGACUUUUGUUCAGCUUCUUCGUCUUGUGUGGCUGAGCAGAUUUAUUCUCAGCUCCGGUCCUUGUUGCAGCAUCUAUGUUUUGUUUAAUUGUUAAGCAGAGAACAACAAAAUAAAACAUUGUAUAUGUACCUAAACUCAAUCCAUUUCGUAUUCACUGAUCCUUCUUUGUAAAACAAGACCAAACCACUGUUUACAACAUAUAAAUUCAUAACACAAUCUCCCAAAACAAUCUUUG